AUGAUAAGUAAAUUGGAAAUAUUUCCAAAUGAAAUCUUUAUAAAUAUCUUUUCCUAUUUAUCAUGGGAUGAACUCUUAAUAUCAUUAUGGUCAUUAAAUAAACGUAUUAAUUCUCUUAUUUGUUUUAUAUAUUCAAUGAAGAAUAAUGGAAUUGUUUUAAAUGAUUUAAGUUUAACUUAUAAAAAAUUUUCUAAAAUAUUAUUACCAUUAAUAUUAAAUUCAUCAUCACUUUCUUCUAAUAUACAACAUAUUUAUGUUAAUGGAAUUAAUUCAAUUUCUUUUGAUUUUAUUUAUCAAAAGAUUUUUUAUGAUGAUAAUAAUAAUAAUAAAGAAAAAAUUCCUUUUCCUAAUCUUAAAUCUCUUUAUAUAGCUCAAUGUUUAUUAUCUGAACGAUUAAUAGAAACAUUAUCUUUUCUUAUCCAAUAUAGAUUAAAUCAACUUACAUUAUCUUUUCAUAAAGAAGCUUACGUGAAUUUUGAUUAUGGACAAGAACUUUCAACAACCAUUUCUAAUAGAGAAAAAAAGAUAAAUAUGUAUCGACAAAUUUUAUGUCAAAUAUUCUCUGAUCGAUGUCAAUUAACUUUUCUUCAACUUGAUAUUAACAAAUUUUAUUCAAUUCAUCAAUGUUUAAAAACGAGACAGUCUCAUCUUCCAUUAAACACAGUUCUAGAUGGAUAUAAAUCUUAUUGUAUAACUCUACGUGAUUUGUAUAUUCGUCUCGAUUACACAUGCUUUCUUGAAGAUCUCAUUGAAUAUGUACCAAAUCUUGAACAAUUAUCAGUUGAUUUAGAAAAUUUGAAACGUGAUAAUGAAUCUUAUGAUGAAAAUAUUCAAAGUCCGAUCUUAACAGAUGGAAAUUGGUUUAAUAAAGUACCAAAAUUGAAAUUUUUUACCUUGAAGAGCUUUGUUUACAAUGAUUUGGAAUUUGCUUAUUUAAAAUGGCUUCUUAACAACAUUUAUCAUGUUAUAAAACUUGAAAUUCAUUUAUACAAUAUUAGUAUAUGGAGAAAAGAUAAGAGAAUACGGAAAUCUUUUAUUGAAGCAAAUUUUAUUCGUCAAUAUUGUUUGCCUGAUAAAGUAAUUAAUUUAAGAGAUUUUUAUUUUUAUAUUCGUGCAGAAUGUCAAUUAUCAUUAAAUGAUAUCGAGAAAAUAAUAAAUUCAUUUAAAAUUGAUUCAUUUUUUAUUUCACAUCAAUGGACAAAUGUUAAAUGUUUUUAUGAUGAAUGUCUAUCAUAUCAACAUAUUUUUUCUUCAAAUCUCAACAAAUUUCAAUAUUGCGAUCUUUUAAAUAAUUAUCCAUGUGUAUAUGAUUGGUCACCUACUACUAAAGAUAUUAGAAUUGAUUUAGAUUCAUCAGUUUAUUUAUUUCUUGAACAAUUUGAUAAAUUAUGUCCUAAUGUUUCUGAUAUCACAAUUAAUCCAGACCCUUGUUAUCAAUUUAUAGAAGAAGACGAAGCACUUGCAAUAGUAUUUUCUAGUAUUAUUUCGAUGACUGUACAACUGAAAUAUAUUUUUAUUGGCAGAUUUGAAUGGUUCUUAUAUAUUAUACGAUAUGCUUGUAAUAUCUCGUUAAAAAAUGCAUUACGUACUAUUCGUCAUGCUGAAUUUCGUAUUUCAAGUUGCAAUGUUGGUUAUGAUGAAUCAGUUCAUAUCGGAAAAUAUCUUGUACCACUUCUUAGUACUUAUAUGCCUCAUUUACAGACAUUAUGUCUUUGGAGACCGGAUGAUUUUCCUUGGACAUCGAUAAAACCACUUGUUCAGUAUUUUUUGAAUGUUUCUUCAAGACAACGUCCAAUUGGCUUGUAA